AUGUCUCGCAAUCCAUUCGACGAUGACUACAGACCAAGUGCCGCCUCGUCGACCAUGCCGGUCAAGAGCUACACAACAAUGGGACAGCACUCGGUCGAGGAUGAGGCUGACUACUACGAGCGUGAAAUCGAGAGAACUCUCCAAGAGUCACUCGACAGCACCGAACGAUCUCGUCGUCAUCUUGAAAACUCGGAAAAAAUCGGAACGGCUACUGCCCAACAACUUUUGGAGCAGCGUGAGAAACUCGAGAACACCGAGAAGAAUCUCGACGAGAUUCAUCGUACCACCCAGAUGACUCAACGCAAUUUGAACAGUCUCAAGUCGUUCUUCGGAGGAUUCUUCAAGAAUAAAUUGUCAAAGAAGCCACAGGAACAGGCUGAUGUGUCAGCUGUCCCACAAUCCAAAUCGGCUUCUCGAUUGUCUGAAACUGCGGCUAGUCUAUCGACGGGAGGAAGCUCUGCCUCAUUCUCCGGACCAUCUGGACAAAGAACUCUCAAUGAGUCGAGCCGCAACGCUAUCAAAGGAACUCGCUGGGAGGCUAUGGAUAAUCAAAUCGAUGAGAACUUGGAUAUGAUGUCUGCGAAUCUUCGUAACUUGCAACGUUUGGGACAGGAUCUUGGAAAGGAGGUCGAUGCUCAAAACGAGAUGCUCGAUCGUAUUCAUUACAAGGCUGAUCGUAACGAUGUCAUUGUUAGGGAUCAAGAUAAACAGAUGCAAAGAAUCCUUGGAUCGGAUGCCUCUACAAGCCAAACCACUGCCGAAUCGUUGACUCCAAGCAUGGACACCUCGACCAAGAUGUCUCUCAUGAUGAAGGCCACCUCUCUCUGGAAAUAA